AUGGUUAAUAGUAUGCAACAGGAUGCAUUAUCCAUUGGUGAAAAAGCUUUACGUUUAUAUGGCCCUUAUGCUGUUGGUGCACGCUCACGCAUUGGUGGUCAUAUACGGGAUGAGUUCAAUAGAAAAUAUCCUAAAGGUUGGCAAACAAUUGUUGGUAAAGAUUUUGGAGCAUUAGGUAUUACAGCUCAACCAAAUUAUUAUAUUUUAUUUCAAUUGAUCGUGUUAUAG